AUGUUUUUUUGGGGGAUGCCAAUGGCAGCGACUUGAGCGGAGCCCAACAGGACCGAGCCAUGACGGCGGCCAGCCUCCUGAACGGGACCACCGCUUUGGGUCUGCACGACGAGGGGAUGGACACCGCCGUGUUUGAAUUCAAAGUGUUUAAUAUUGUCAUCAUCGGUCUGGCCUUGUGUAUCCUCACCAUCACCGGCCUGUACUGCAUCACUGCCUGCUACAACCGCACCAGUGCCAUAUCCUUCAUCAGGCAGUCAAAGCGAGCCCACGUGUAUGAGAGCGCAGUGACCCGAGGGGUGCCGGCCGACCCCGUGGCGGUUAAAGCAGUGAAGAGGUCGACCAGCUUUCUCAACCCUCUGGCCUUCUUCAGGAAGCCGGAGGCAGCGAAGGACAACUCCAGGAUCUAUUACAUCUACAGUAACCCGCUGCCUGUGGGCCUGAAGGAGGAGGAAGAGGAGGAAAAUAAAGUCCCACAGAGAUUUCGGGAGAAAUGUGCAAUGUCGCUGCCGCUGUUGAUCCAAGAGUACGCCAGCGAUCCGGACAGUGGCGUCAUCCUGGACCCUCCGAUGUUUUACAUGCAACUUUAGAGGGGGGCGGGGUUAGGAGGGGGGAGGCUGGUUCGAAGCGCUUGCCUUCAGGCUGAGAUUUCAGCCCUGCAGCUGUGGCCAUCAGAAGUUAAGUCACCAUUUGUAGGGCCAUUAAAGGGGCACUCCACAGAUUUUACAUGUUAAGUUUAUAUGUCAUGGGGAGAAUUAAUAAGUAUGUGAAAGUGGUUGUAUGAUGUCACAUCUAUGUCUUGAGGAUUAGCUCUCAUACCAUAACAUACCCUAACUUUAUGAAAGUUCAGAAGUGAAUCGUCGGAGUACACUAUUAAUGCCUGUGUUCGUUUGUUUGUUUAUUUAGCAGAAUUACGCAAAAACUACUCAACCGAUUUCCAUGAGAUUUUGUGGAGGGGUGGGGCAUGACCCAUGGAAGAACCCAUUAUAUUUUAUUGUGGAUCCAGAUCAGAAGGAGGUCCUGGAAUUUGCUUUCCACUUUCUUCAACAUUGCAAGAAAUUAAUGUUUUCGACAUUUUCAUUGAUUUCUCAAAAACUAAUUCACGGAUCUUGAAAUCAAGCCUGUUUAUGGGACUGAUAUCUAUGAGUUUGUGCAUUUUAGUGCAGAUCUAAAUAAAAAUCUGGAUCUAUUGAAUUUAAAUGUGGUUUCAUAAGGGAGUUCCAUAUGGAAAAAAUGAUCUUGCAAUGUUAAAGAACAUGAAAUCAAAUCCUGAAUAAACUACUUUGUCCUAAAUUCAAUGGAUUUUCCACAUCCUUCCACCAAGUUUCAAUGAAAUCGGUUCAGUAGUUUUUCUGUAAUCGUGCUGACAAACAAACAGAAAUGAGCAUCUUCACUAUGUGUACAUAGACAACUUAACAUGCUUGUGUUGUCUCUGUACAAAUAUACAAAACCUGAAGAUACCGUGACAUGGAUCAUCACAGAUACAGUUACUCCUCAGUAGUUUGUAGAAAGUGAAUGGUUUACCGGCUCAGCCAAUAGAAAGUAGUACAACAUUUUGUGAUAAUAGAAGUGGAUGCAUAACUUAAUUAAAUAGAUGCUAAAAUCAAGUAAAGGUUUAAUGCUAUUGAUUACGAAGAGGCCCUAUCAUUUUAUAUAUGACAUAUCAGGGUUUGAAUGCAUGUUAGAAUACUGUGUGUAUAUAUAUCUAUGCUCUUUAUAAUUGAAAUUUUUAUUUCUAUUUUUUGUUUUGUCUAAAAAGCCUCUUGUAACCUCACUGGACUUCUUCAUACUUCUUUCAAAACAGUUUUCUGCCAGAGAAGUAAAGACAUUCUGUUGAUUCUUUAGUGUCACUGAUCUUUAAUAAAACUGUGGAUACAAUGUGCUUUACAAAAAGAAGCCGAGAGAAAGAUGAGAAAGAUGAGAAAUACAAACAAUUAUCACUGCAGAACAAUCCAUCGCACUCCUUCGCAGCGUGACCGGAUCAGUCCUCAGACGAUUGGCUGGGUCUCUCUGACCAGCCACUCCAGUGCCGCCCUCCUGCCCUGCCUCUCCAGCUCUGCUCCAACCACCUCCCGGCACCUCCUGUGGUACUCGUUCACCCAGUCGCGCUGCAGCACAGGGAAGUGAACAUCAGACCAUGAAGAGACUGUGUUUGAGUAGUGCACCACGUACUAGGAAUAGCUGGAUAUUUUAUCAAACAUUUAAAUCCAUAAUCCAUAAAUGGUUUUAAUGUAGGUAAUAUUACGCUAAACUGCUCGUAUUGCUCCUACACAAUGUUAAGUAGGCUACAUUUAAUGUGUUGUUGUAUUUGAAGUGUUUUACCAAUAAAAUGUAUUUUUGCUGGAUAUUCUUUA